AAAUCCGUUGACGUCCAUACGAAGUAAGCGACCGUUUCUUAUUGGUGGUUUUGUCUUCUUCUUGACUAUAAUUAUCUCCACUCUUGUGACUGUGGUGGUUCUGUAUGUCAACAAAAAAGAUACACCCGAAUCCAAUGCGAACAUAAACAAAAUGUCGACAAUAACUCCAUCAAUUUCAAUGAUAACAAAUACGACAACAACGACAUCAGCUCCAGAUAUAUCGACUUUAAAUAAGCACAAAGAUUGCAAGGAAAUAUACCAACAAGGUUAUACCAGUACCGGCGUGUACACAAUAUACCCCUACCUUCCUGGAACCAGACCAGUGGAGGUUUACUGUGAUAUGACAACCUAUGGAGGGUGUUGGACGGUGUUUCAACAUAGGACGGAUGGAUCGGUUGACUUUUAUUUGGAUUGGGUAGACUAUAAAUCAGGGUUUGGACAAGCAAAGGGAGAGCACUGGCUUGAUAUGCAAAUAUAUAGAUGA